CCCCCAGAGUGGGGCCAGGCCAGGCCAGCUCCUCUGGCAGCAGAGCUGGGGCAGGUGACGGGCUGGCGUGGCUGCUGAGGGAGUGAGGAGGCGCCUGGGAACCGGAGCUGGAAACCUGGGAGAGGUCCAGUCAGAGCCCAAGAGCCCGAGCUACCCCUCAACCUGGCAGCCAUGGGGGAGAUGGAGCAGCUGCGGCAGGAAGCGGAACAGCUCAAGAAGCAGAUUGCAGAUGCCAGGAAAGCCUGUGCCGACACCACGAUGGCAGAGCUUGUGUCUGACCUAGAAGUCGUGGGACGAGUCCAGAUGCGGACAAGGCGGACGUUAAGGGGACAUCUGGCCAAGAUUUAUGCCAUGCACUGGGCCACUGAUUCCAAGCUGCUAGUAAGUGCCUCACAAGAUGGAAAACUGAUCGUGUGGGACACCUACACCACCAAUAAGGUACAUGCCAUCCCUCUGCGCUCCUCCUGGGUCAUGACCUGUGCCUAUGCCCCAUCGGGGAACUUUGUGGCGUGUGGGGGGCUGGACAACAUGUGCUCUAUCUACAGCCUCAAAUCCCGUGAGGGCAAUGUCAAGGUCAGCAGGGAACUCUCUGCUCACACAGGUUAUCUCUCCUGCUGCCGCUUUCUGGAUGACAACAACAUUGUGACUAGCUCAGGAGACACCACGUGUGCUCUGUGGGAUAUCGAGACCGGGCAGCAGAAGACUGUGUUUGUGGGACACACAGGGGACUGCAUGAGCCUGGCUGUGUCUCCCGACUACCAACUCUUCAUUUCCGGGGCUUGUGAUGCCAGCGCCAAGCUGUGGGACGUGCGGGAGGGGACCUGCCGGCAGACUUUCACCGGCCAUGAGUCGGACAUCAACGCCAUCUGUUUCUUCCCCAACGGAGAGGCCAUCUGCACAGGCUCAGAUGACGCCUCCUGCCGUCUGUUUGACCUGCGGGCGGACCAGGAGCUGACUGCCUAUUCCCACGAGAGCAUCAUCUGUGGCAUCACAUCUGUGGCUUUCUCCCUCAGUGGCCGCCUGCUCUUUGCAGGCUACGAUGACUUCAACUGCAAUGUCUGGGACUCCAUGAAGGGCGAGCGUGUGGGCAUCCUCUCUGGCCACGACAACAGAGUCAGCUGCCUGGGGGUCACAGCAGAUGGGAUGGCGGUGGCCACUGGCUCCUGGGACAGCUUCCUCAAAAUCUGGAACUGAGGAGGCUGAAGGGGGGAGGUAAAAGGCCAUGAAGACACUCAGCUGCCCCUUCUCCUGCCCACUUUCUUUAAGGCUCCUUUAAGGCUUUCUCUUCUAUAUCCCGCCUGCCAUUCCCACCAAGCUUUCUCCUUUGAAGACAGUGGGGAACACAGGGAGUGUACCUUGGGGGGGCAGCAUCAGGGACAGGCGGAGAACUGCCCCAUCUCCUCCCAUGGCCUCCCCUCGCCGUGGUCGUGACGGUUUCGCCCUUAGUGAACAAGGACAGCUGACCCCUCCCCAGCCCUUGGCAGUCCGGCAGGCUUCCAGUGUGAGGCUCCAGGCCCCAGGGUCCCUCCCCCGGGCUCCUCCCUUUGUCCGGACCUGUGUGGUGUAGGGUGCUCAGCCCGACUAUGGCUCUGGCACCACCAAGAUCCUGGCCCCCUUUUCCUUCAUGCUUUCUCCUUUUUCUACCAUCUUCUACUUUUUUUUUCCUCUGCAAAGUACCUGCAAUAAAGUACAGUACCCUGAUA